AAAACUCUUAAUCAGUCAAUGGUAUAAAACGAUUUUUACGAGUGAUUCUCCAUAAUAAAGUAGCUUCAUAUAAAAUAUUCAGAUAAAGUGAAAAGUUUUCUUUACCUUCAUCGAUAUUGAUUUGUGGUCAUCGUGUACCAUUGGAAACAGCUACGGAUAGUGAUUCAUCACAAUAUGGUAUUAGUGAAUAUCGUCUACUUUGGUUAAAUAAUACAUCAACAAAAGCAUUUUCAAUUGAUUAUGAUAAUAUUAGUCGAGAACUUGAACUUGUUGUUAGUGAAAAAUUAGAUCGUGAAAAAAUUUCACAAUAUGUAUUAAAAUUAGUUGCCAUUGAUCGUGGAAAACCAUCUAAUAUUGGAACACAAAUAUUGACAAUUUUAAUUAGCGAUAUAAAUGAUUGUCGACCAAAAUUUGAAUCGGAUGUCUAUAAUGUUAGUGUAUCAGAAAAUUCUAUUCCAGAAAAUUUAAUUCGUGUUAAAGCAUUUGAUCUUGAUAUUGGAAUAAAUGCUGAAUUAGAUUAUAGACUCGAUAAUGAUUAUAAUGAUUUAUUUUCUAUUGAUAAAUUAAAUGGUAUUAUAACAUUAAAACGUUGGCUUGACUAUGAAAUACGAAAACAUUAUUUAUUAAAAGUAAUAGCAACUGAUCAUGGUGUAAAUCAUUUAACGGGUAUAUGUAUGGUAAAUGUAUUUGUAACAGAUCAAAAUGAUAAUGCACCUGAAAUAGACAUGCAUUUUGCUGAAAAUAUUUUACAUAAUACUGAUGGUAACAUGGCCUAUGUAUUUGAAUCAUUCGAUAUUACAUUACCAUUGGCUUAUAUUGGUGUAAGAGAUCAAGAUUCUGGCGUUAAUGGAAAAGCUCAAUUAAUUGUUGAAACAGAACAAUUUUUCUUGAAUAUAGUAAAAGAAAAUUAUUAUGAAUUAAAAUCAAAAAUAUCAUUUGAUCGUGAAAUAAAUAAUUCGUAUCAAAUUGAAUUGAAAGCACGUGAUUUUGGUACACCAUCACUUCGUCGAUCAAUGACAUUUUAUUUAAAUAUAACGGACGUUAAUGAUAAUCAACCUUUAUUCCAUUCAUCAAGCUAUUCAUUUGAAAUAAAUGAAAAUAAUCGGCCACCAACAACAAUUGGACAAGUUCAUGCAUCCGAUCUAGAUGAUAAUUUAAAUGGUUUAAUAUCCUAUGAUAUUGUAUCAAAAGAAGAUAGUAUAAAAAAUAUAUUUUCCAUAUCAUCCACUGACGGCAUUAUUAUCACAAAUUAUAGUUUUAAUUAUGAAGAUCAACGAUUGUAUACAUUUCAAGUACGAGCAAAAGAUCAUGGUACACCAUCAUUAGAAUCUUUUGCUAAAAUUCAACUAAAUAUUUUAAAUGUAAAUGAACAUGUACCCGAAUUUACACAAAAAAUUUAUCAUUUUUCAAUUAAUGAAAAUUCAACAAUAAAUAAUGUAACAUUUGUGGGACAAGUCAAAGCACAUGACUUAGACUACGGUGAUCGUGUAAUAUAUUCACUCUCAGAUGAUAAUAAUAAAUAUCGUAGUUUAUUUUCGAUAAAUCAAUCAACCGGUAUCAUAUGGACAAAUGCAAUAUUUGAUAGAGAAAAACGUUCCGAAUAUGAAUUAACCGUAUUAGCAACAGAUGAUGCGAAAAAUGUACCAGCUACUGGUUCAAGUCUUGUUCAAAUCACGAUCAAUGAUUUGAAUGACAAUUAUCCUGUCUUUGUAUGGCCCGAAGUUGACGAACUUAGACAUGUACUGUUCAAUGAAAAUAUCCAACAGUCUAAUAUUUAUCAUACUCCAUCAGAAUUUAUCUCUAGUCAAUAUAUUACCGAUAUUAUUAUACAAGAUGCGGAUAUUGAUAAUAAUGCUAAAGUUGAUGUGAUAUUGGAUCGACAAGAAGAUCAAGAAUUAUUCUAUAUUGGUGAAAAUAAUUCACUUUGGUUAAAAAAUAUUUCAAUGACACCCGGUUCCUAUGAAAUUGAAUUAUUGGCUCGUGAUCAUGGUCAACCACCAUUGGAAACAAGAAAACUAUUACGUUUAAAUAUAUUUGCUCGUGAUCCUUCUAUUUAUAAUUUCGGUAAACAAUUAUCUCGAGCAUCAUUAUUAAUAAUUAUUAUUCUAUCAUUAAUUGCUGCAUGUUCAACAUGUAUUGUACUUAUUUGUAUUGCGUGGAAACGUUUUAGUUAUUCACAAAAUGUUAAAUCAUUAUAUGGUAGUCAUUUAAUUGUUAAUGAUGAGGAAAAACAAUCACAAAAUAUUAGAGGACAACGUUGUUGUGGAAAAAAUGGUGAUGGAAGUAGACCAAAUUCAGUCUUAAAUGAUGCACCAAAUGAUUAUGCAAUUAUAAUGAAGCGAAAAGAUAAUAAUCAUGGUAAUAGUCCAUCAUCAGGUGAAUAUUCAACAUCAUUAUGUCCACCUAUUUUAAAUGAUUCAACAUCAUCAUCUGAAAUAAUGGAACAUCAUAUUUUACCAAAACAAAAACAUUCUCAACAACAUCAAUCAAACACCGUUUCAGCAUUAACAACAUUAACAAGAAAAUCUUCAAGACGAAAAAAUGUUAGCUUUGAUAAUAAUGUUCUUGAUGAUUUAUUUUUAAAUCGACAAUUAUUAUCAAAUGGUGACAAUUUGUAUCCUGAAACGAAUGGUUCAACAUUUGGCACAUUACCAAAAAAGAAUUCCAAUUUUAAUCAGCCAAUUCUUUCAGAAUUACCUAAAACAUCUAAUUUUCCAACAUUACAGUCAUUAUUAGAUGAUACACAUAAAGUUUCAACAAUAUCAUUUAUGGAUAGAACAAAAUUACCUAAAGCACCACCAUUACUAGAUGGUAUUUUAUAUUUAGAUUCGAUGUUAAACGAUUCAAAACAUCAUUUAAAUUAUCAGAAUAGAAAUGAUAAACAAGAUGAUGAGAGUUCGGGAUGGUAUAAAGUGUCAAGUUCGUAUACCACUCGAGCAUCAAUUGUAUAG